CUCUUUCCUAUGUUUGCAAAUGCAUUGAAACUAAACAUGUUCCGCAGACUCACUCUCUUCUUUCUGUUCUCUGCAACACUUCUUCUUCCAACUGCAUGUCAUGUGAACUGCAACGCUUCGUCUAUGCUUCUGGGUCAAAACCAUUCAAAAAUCGUAAACAAAGUUGGUGAUGUCUUCACGGGGUGUGAUGAUAGAAAAAAUUACAGCAGCAGCAGGUUCAUGGGUAAUAAUUCUGCCUACGUGGCACGCAUACUUAAUGACGUGUCACAACAUGUUAGUAUUAAUAGCACUACUACUACUACCACCGUGGUUUGCAACAAUACAAGUUGUGUUACCAACGAAACAACACACACAUCAUCGUCACCGUCGCCAGUGCGGUUUUCAUCACCGCCGCCGCCGCAGUUUUCAUCACCACCGCCGCCACUGCGGUUUUCAUCACCACCACCGCCACUGCGGUUUUCAUCACCACCACCGCCACGUUCACGGCGAUCACCACCAAUUUCAUUAUCACCGGCACCAGCAUUAGCACCAACGUUUUCUGGUGGUUCAGAUUAUACAUAUAACACAAAUAACCACCGGGGCACAAGGAUAAUUAUAAUUAUUAUUAUCAUAGGUGUUGUAAGUGCGGUAAUUGGAGUAUUUUUCUUCAUACUAUGUUGUCUUAGACGUAAGUCUUUAACUCGACCAAUCAAAUUUUGUUUUACCACAAACAAUGAUUCAAAUGUUCAAGAAUUUUUAAGAAAUCAUGGAGCUAUAGCACAAAAAAGAUACAAAUUUUCAGAAGUGCAGAAAAUGACUAAUUCAUUCAAAGUUAAAAUUGGUCAAGGUGGUUUUGGUACAGUAUACGAAGGUAAGCUGCUCACAGGUAUCCCGGUGGCUGUAAAAUUAUUGAAUGCAUCCAAAAGAAAUGAUGAAGAGUUUAUCAAUGAGGUUGUCAGCAUCAGUAAAACAUCUCAUGUUAAUAUUGUCACACUUCUUGGAUUUUGUUUGGAAGGCUCCAAAAAGGCUCUCAUAUAUGAGUUUAUGGCUAAUGGUUCCUUGGAUAAGUUUAUCUACAAAAGAGAGCAAGAACCAGAAACAAUUACAUCUUUGACCUGGGAGGAUUUAUAUCAAAUUGCAAUAGGAAUAGCUCGAGGGUUGGAGUACUUGCACAGGGGCUGCAGUACUAAAAUUCUACAUUUUGACAUAAAGCCGCAUAAUAUUCUUUUGGAUGAGAAUUUUUGUCCUAAAAUAUCAGAUUUUGGACUAGCAAAGUUGUGUCCCAGGAAUGAAAGCAUUAUUUCUAUUUCUGGUACAAGAGGAACAAUGGGAUAUUUAGCUCCUGAAAUGACCAAUAGACAUUUUGGUGGAAUUUCACAAAAGUCUGAUGUGUAUAGUUAUGGAAUGAUGCUACUAGAGAUGGUAGGAGGAAGGAGGAACAUUAAUCCUAAAGCUGAUCAUACAAGUGAGAUAUACUUCCCACAUUUUGCAUACAGAAGACUUGAUGUGGAUAAUGAUGUGAGACCAUAUGAAGUGAUGAAUGCAGAAGAAGAUGAGAUUGCAAAGAGAAUGAGUGUAGUGGGCUUAUGGUGCAUUCAAUCACUUCCAAAUGAUAGACCUACAAUGAGCAGAGUUGUAGACAUGUUGGAAGGUAACGUAAAUUCCUUGGAAAUGCCUCCAAAACCUUUGUUUUCCUCUCCUACUAGAUCAGAAACAUAAUGAAGUUAAUAUAAUUGUAUUUGUGUAAAAUCUUUCUAGUUAUAUUCUAAAAAGGAUCACUCAACACAUUUGUUUAGUAUACUUUUAUGUGUUUGUUAAAUUGCCACUAAUUAAUUGUUGAAGCUAGAUCAAUUGUGCAUAAUAGCUUUCUUGUGACAAGCUAAA